AUGAAGCCAAGCAUUCAUUCCUAUCCCGAAGAAAAAAUCAGUGAUGGAAUUUACAUGACGGAUUUUCGGAAGAAGCCUCCAACAAUAGCAACAACAAACGGAGGAGAAGAACAUUCUCCCUAUACCAUGAUGGAAGAAUAUGAAAAUUUAUUGGCCACUACUCAAUACGAACUGAAAGAAUUAAAUACUAAAAUCUUUCAUUUGGAACGAUCCAAUCAUGAAAUGAAAGAAAUUAUGAUGAAAGUGGACAAGAUGAGGAUUUGGUAUUGGCCAUCUCGGAAAAUGAGGAAAUUUUGGUGA